GGCUGCGUCGGGGGCGGGGCCAGAGGCGAGCUCGCCUCUCCGAAUCCCGGACCGGAGAGUUCCGGGCCGCGGCCUGCCUGACCCUACUCGGUCCGGCAGGUCGGACCGCCCAGGGGCGCGCUCCCGGAAGCCGCCCGCCUGCGAGUGGCGUGAAAAGCUAUGGCUACCGCGGUGAUGCUGAGUGCUGCGCGGGCGCUUCGGUCGCGGAGCUGGAUCCCUGGAAUCUGCCACACACAGGCCAGACACACCCACCAGAGAGCUUCCUUGCUGUCCUUCUGGGAUCUCAUCCCCAUGAGAGCGGAACCUCUGCGAAAGAAGAAGAAGGUAGACCCUAAAAAGGAUCAAGCAGCAAAGGAUCGCUUGAAGAAGAGGAUCCGAAAACUGGAAAAGGCCACCCAGGAAUUGAUUCCUAUUGAAGAUUUUAUCACCCCAGUGAGAUUCCUGGAUAAAUCACGACAGCGACUCCAGGAAGAGCAUUCUUCCGAGGAGAGUGAGCAAAGAGCUCUUCUGCUAAAGAGGUGGGCACUCUACAAGCAGCAGGAACACGAGGCAGAGAGGGAAGCCAUCAGAGCCAUGCUGGAAGCCCAGCAGGAAGCACUUCAGGAACUGAAGCUGGAGUCUCCAGAGCUCUACGCUGAGGCCAUAAAGCGGGACCCCAGCCUGUUCCCCUUUGAGAAAGAAGGGCCACAUCACACGCCACCAGUCUCUGACUACCAGGCCCCUGAAGGCAGGUACAAUGACAUCACCAAGGUGUACACACAAAUAGAAUUCAAAAGAUAGAACUGAAACUGCUGUCCUCAGAAGAUGCUGGCCCCGGGAGUCGGAGCAGUGAGCUGCAGUCUGUUUUCCACAGAUGAUACAUCCUCAGAACAAAUAAAAUGUAAUCACAAGCA